AUGUUUGUGGUGAAUUCUAGACCGCUUUUGCGGGACGAGAUGGACCCGAAGGGAGUGGCGGUGGACAACCUGCAGGGCUGGACGCAAGAGUUUCGCACCCCCGACCUGGAGGAGGAGUACGCGGACUGGGUGGCCAGGAGCGUGCUGUGGCGCGACAGAAUGCACGGCGUGAUUUCAGCGGCCUGGGAUGCUCUGGCGGUCUGGAGCAUCCGUGGCCACUCCGUCCCAGAACGUCACAGCCUCGCACUGACCGGUAAGCUGGUGACUCGGGGGAAAGCGCUGGCCUGCACCGCCAUGCUCCUCCCCUGCCUCUGGCCCAAGCUCUGGAUCCGGCACCGCCACAACCUCGUUGCCCUGUGCAUGGUCUCCCACACCAUCGUAUUCGCGGUGUUCAUGAGCUACCACUCCAUUGUCACCGCAGUCCUGGGCCACACCUUCAUGGCCAGGGUCGUGUCGAGUGGCGUGGGAGGCCCUGCAAUGCUCUCCGUCAAUUACGAGUGCGUGCCCCUCCCCAAGAAGCUGGCCACCCUGGCGGCAUGCACCAGCAUCAAUCUCGCCGUCGUGCACCAGCAGCUGGGCGCCGAGGGCCUCCCGGUGAUGCUAGCCGUCCUCCUGUUUGGCGUCUGCUACCCGAUGGUCCUGAGCUGGCGAGCAGAGUACAGGAUGCGGUUCAAGUUCCUGCGCAAGCUCACGCCCGGGGCCAGGCCGGAAGCGGGCCGGCCAUCGGCGUGGACCCUGCUGGGCGGCGCGUGGCUGCUGCCCCACAGCAUCACCCUCAGCAUGACGGUCAUGCCCCUCCUCUGCAUCUCCAUGCUCGCCCGCCACUUCUCCGCCGCCUCCGUGCUGGGCGUGGAGCUGCUGACCGCCGUGCUGCAGGCCACCACGUACUUCAAGCUUUACAUCGGCGAUACAGACUGCUUCCAGCGGUGA